AUGUCCCAUAAUGUCAACAAGCAAGGUAACUCUGUCGCUGCCGUCUCAGCGUUUGGCGAUGUACCCAAGGAAGGCGCUCAGGGCAAUGUCCAGCCUGCCGAUGCCCAACCUACCGGGGAUGAGCCGGAGAGGGUUGGCCCUGUGAGUCCUCUUGAGAAGGUGGGUCUUCCCCUACGCGACGCUGGGCGACUAUACGAUCCCCCUCACACGUGGCCAGGUCGCAAUGGUCGAGCGAGCAUUGAUUCCAAUAUCCACCAUGUCAUGAACACCAUGGGAGUUCAGGAGGAUGGUGACGCGUACAAGCGCCUCAAGUUGGUCGACAAGUUCCUUGGCCCUGCUAACCGCGUCAUCGUUGACAUGGUCGAGCCCAUGUAA